AUAACAAGACAUAUCAUCAUUCUUACUUUUAUGUUUAACGCCGCUCUCCUAAAAAUUGAGAAACAAUUUAGUUAACCGGGUUGCCAAUGGGGCACAAAACUAUAACAAAACUCAAAAUCUUUUGAGGUUCACUCUGGAAAUUGCUCAAACAAAAUUGCUUUUGUUGUGACCAAGAACAGUUUUUAGUCGAGGAUCGGCACCGACCACUGUAAAAAAAAAACAAAUUACAACAUUUAUUAUGCGAUAACUUGAAGAAACUUGUACUACAGCACAAGGACAUGGUUUUCGCUUCAUUUCGAAGAUACUUGAGUAUGAGACACCAAAGUUCCAAGGUUCAGGAUUUAUACGACCACUGUAAAACCGUUUUCUCUCCCUCUGGAAUGCCCCCUCCCUCUUCCCAACCCUUGCUCAAGCUUUCUUCAAUUCUGGACACUAUAAAACCUGCUGAUGUUGGGCUUAAGGAGGAAGCUGCAGAUGAUGAUCGAGGGCUUGGAUUUUUUGGUGCCAACCAACUGAAUAGAGUAGCUCGAUGGGCUAAGCCAAUAACAUAUGUGGACAUUCAUGAAUCCGAUAGUUUUACGAUGUGUAUAUUUUGUUUUCCAACUUCUUCAGUUAUUCCACUCCACGACCAUCCUGAAAUGACUGUAUUUAGCAAACUUCUCUAUGGUUCUUUACAUGUGAAAGCUUACGACUGGGUUGAGCCUCCCUGCAUUGUAGAAAGCAAGGGACCGGGACACUCUCAAGUAAGACUAGCAAAGUUAGCAGUUGAUAAGGUUUUGAAUGCACCAUGUGAGACAUCAGUUUUAUAUCCAAAGCAUGGCGGAAAUCUUCACUGUUUCACAGCAGUAACAGCUUGUGCUGUAUUGGACAUUCUGGCACCCCCUUACAAAGAAUAUGAAGGAAGGAAAUGUACUUAUUAUCACGAUUAUCCUUAUUCAACAUUCUCUGCAGGAAAUGGACCUGUAUGUGUUGGUGAAGAGGAUGAAUAUGCUUGGCUUGCAGAGAUAGAACAACCUAGUGAUCUUUAUAUGAAUACUGGUGUAUAUGCUGGUCCAACUAUUCAGCUUUAGUUCUGCUGCUUCCAUUUCAAAGCAAUUGCAUAUUUCCAGUUGUAAAGUGUGGAUGAUAUUAAUGUUGGAAAACAUUAGAGUCAGCUUGAUUACAAAACUGCAUCUUUCUCUUUA